ACAUGCAUAACUGCAACAUUUUCUCUCAAGAUAUAGUACUGCUAUAGAUUGCUUUCGGGAACUAUAUUCUUUUAUUUUUUAAUUUUUUGUCCCCUGGAAAAGCGGAAGGAUACAAGUGUGUGCUUAGGCCAUAGGAUGAAUACGAUACGCGCAUAAACUCUUCAGAAUAUCAUAGUUGAUAUUCAAGUACGUGUAUUAGCAGUCUGAGGCAGUUUGAGGUAUCGGGUACCAGGACGGAAAGUAAAGUCUAAAGAAAACGUUUAGUAUUCGCAGUAGAAGACUAUGAUGCGCAGUCUUGUUUUUUCCUUGUGUAUGGGCCUGGUAUUUGGAGCCCCUCAAUUGCAGUAUGAGUCAGAGGGCCCUGAUAGUUGCUGUGCGCCUGCGCAAUGGGAAGCUGAUUUUGAUCAGACCACGGUCCUUGAGCCACAAGCGUCCACUCCUAACGCUAAGACGCAAGUGUUAAAACAAGUUGGCCAUAUUUGGUUUGACGCCCCAAAUAAUAGAAAGGCAUAUCGCAUUUACCAAAAGGUUGCUGGGGAAAAUAUGGUUCAUAUCAACGUGGUAGCUGACUACAAUAAGAAGUUGAAAUAUUUUAUCAACCCUGAGAAGGAGACGUGCUACACUGAACCAACCCCAACCAAGGAACUCCCAAGAUGUUUGAACGUGUCGGAUCCGAACGUCAAAUAUUUGAAAUCACUCACCAUUGGGCUAGACCUCAAGGUCAACUUGUGGGAGCAAAAGAUUAACACCAAACAGCUACAGGCGACAUAUGAUUACCUGUUCACGCCGGACAAAUGUAUCCUUGUUGAAUUCUCAUCCUAUGGAGCGAUUUUGAUUCAAGGUCAAGCGACCAACAGGAUAGAAUCCAGUGUGACGUCUGGUGUGUCACUUAAACUCCGUGACACCGAUAUCUUUGACAUCCCCAGUUACUGCAACACUAAUUGGUUUCAAAAAGAGGACAUGCCUUUUGUAUCAGAGCCAUCGUUUUAAAAAUUCAGAACUGAACAUAUCUUAAAGGGAGUAGAAGGCUUUGAGAGAACGCAAUGUUGUAAUCAAGAUUUUCAAAAAGCUUACAUAUUCCCCAUUCAAUCCUAAUUCUAUAUACUGGAAGAAGGAUUAGAAUACCUAAGAAUUUUCAUUGUAGAUUUAAAUCGAAGCAAUUUUUUAAUUCAUUAGAUUUGAAAAGUACGUCUGAUUUUGCCAGAUGCAUUAAAAAUUAAAGGACGAUUCUGAAACAAGAUUUUCAAAACAUACUUUGAGUUCGUCUCUCUCCUUCUAUUUUCUUUAGCAGAUAUGGUUAAGGCCGAAUCGGAGAUCAAGCGUGUGACAAAAUUGCUAACAUACAACAUGUAACACUGAUCUACUUAUGUACUCUUUACCAUCACAAAAAUAGUAUCUCCCAAAGUAAUGUCACCUCUAAUCAAGCUUUGAAGCUAUUGAAGAAAUGAUACAGCCUAAAUUUUCUAGAUUUUUGGAAUGUUGCUCGCUAGGUCCGAUUCCGCCUUUAAUCAAAAGUUUCGAAAUAAAAAUAAGUAUCAAGAUAAUACUCAUGAAAAGCUAUUGAGCAUUUAGCAAGGUG